AUGACGCUAAUCAUGGUGUUGUAUCCCUGGCUCCGAUACUGUUCAUCCCAUGCGACUGCGACCUCGAGUCUCCCACCGAAACCCCCCGCCGAUCACCGGCAACUUGGUAUCCAACAAGAACUUUUCACUACCUCGAUAUAUAGUCCCGGCUCUCCCAUACUGCUGCCUAACGGUGCGCGGCUUUUCAAUCGUUUAGUAGAGUUUCUGCGGAAGCAGUAUGUCCGGUAUGGAUUUGACGAGGUUAUUACGCCGACCAUUUACAAAAAAGCCUUGUGGAGGAAAUCAGGCCAUUUGGAGAAUUACAGUGACGACAUGUAUACGGUAACGAGUGCAUCGCCCUUGAGAAGCGAUAGUUCCAAACAUGGCGACGAGGAGGACGAGUAUGGUCUUAAACCCAUGAAUUGUCCAGGCCAUUGUCUGAUAUUUGCGUCUCAGCGACGGAAUUAUCGACAGCUGCCUAUUCGAUAUGCAGACUUCUCUCCACUACACCGAAACGAGAUAUCCGGGGCCCUGAGUGGCCUUACUCGAGUGCGACGUUUUCACCAAGAUGAUGGGCACAUCUUUUGUCGGCCGAUACAAAUUGAGGAAGAAAUCAAGAAGACACUAGACUUCGUACGCAUCGUCUACUCAACAUUUAAACUAGGUCCAUAUCGAUUAGCCCUUUCAACACGCCCAGCAGAUCAUUACAUAGGAACUGCCGAAGAAUGGGAAAGUGCAGAGAACGCUCUUAAGAGAGCGCUGAACGCGUCCGGCCAGGAAUGGACUGUGAAUGAAGGCGACGGCGCAUUUUACGGGCCUAAGAUCGAUAUCGUGUUGAGAGACUCGGAUGGCAAAGAACACCAAACCGCUACGAUUCAGCUAGACUUUCAGCUACCAAAACGUUUUGAUUUAGGUUAUUCAGCGCCAGCGCCCGACUUUGAGCAAAGGGGAGAAGUGACAACAGACCCCGAUAAGCUGGCGGAGUCUGGUCUUGUAACUCCUGUUCUAAUUCAUAGGGCUGUGCUAGGCUCGGUAGAGAGACUACUAGCUCUGCUUAUCGAACACUACGAUGGCAAGUGGCCAUUUUGGUUAAACCCGAGGCAGGUAAUGAUAGUCACCGUCAAUGACACUGAACCGGUAGUAGGAUUAGCUAAGACGGCUCAAGAUGUCCUUAUGGGAAGGCAUGGACCAGCCGAUGGUCCAGUUGUAAAUCCUUCUCAACUCGCAGUAGAUGUUGACGAUAGCCGCCGAAGCCUCCCACUCAAAGUGCGAGAGGCCAAGUCUAAGGGUUAUGGUGUCAUCGUCACCAUCGGCCCAAGGCAAGUGCCAGAUGGCACUAUCACGGUUGAUAUACAUUAUGCUACAUCAGCUCUCGAACACGGGCAAGGCCAAGGCCUAUCGAUCCGGCAACAACAGCAACCCCGGCGGCCCCCUCCCGGUGCGCUUCUCGACUUGCCUAUUUUGAAGUACAUGCGCACGCACCGCGUAAUCCUCGCCUCCGCCUCCCCCCGACGCCGUACCCUCCUCUCGCAGCUCGGCCUCCCGAACCUCGAGAUCCGCGCCUCCACCAAGCCCGAGGACUUAUCUAAAUCCGAACUCGGCGCCAUCGGCUACGUUUCCGCGACCGCGCAGCAGAAGGCCCUAGACGUGUAUGCUGCGCUCAUCGACGAGGCCGCCGAGAAGCAAGCCGAGCCCCUCCCUCCCGCGUCCAAGUCCACUUCCUCCGAUCCGCAAGCAGAUGUCGACUUGGACGCUCAGCGUGCUAGGAAAGACCCUGAAUUGGUGAUUGCGGCCGACACGGUUAUCGUGACGAGGGACGGGAGCAUCCUUGAAAAGCCCAGUUCCGAAGCCGCUCACAUCCGCAUGCUGCGUCAUCUGCGGGACACUAGGACUCAUCGGGUCCUGACGGCGGUGUGUUGUGUGGCGCCGCGGUCGGAUGCGCAGUUCCCGGGGUAUGCGGUAGCGUCACAUGUCGAGGAGACGAAGGUGUUCUUUGGUCGCGAGCACGAUGGGCUACCGGACGAUGUUAUCGAAGCGUAUGUGCGGACGCGGGAGGGUGCUGAUAAGGCUGGAGGCUAUGCGGUGCAGGGCUUAGCAAGUGCGUUGUUGAUUGAGAAGGUAGAUGGUUCAGUUGAUAAUGUGAUUGGGUUACCCGUGCGGAAGACGCUGCAGCUUUGCGAGAAGGUGAUUUUCCGGCAGAAUGAGGAGAGUGAUGCGGAAGAGGAGGAAGAGGAGGAGUAA